AUGCCGGACUCCUUCCCUUCUCCGCCCGUCGGCCGCCCGCCUCCGCCCGCCAGCGCCAGCCCUUCCGCCCGGAGCUCCGCCCGGGAAGGCAGGACGGGAGAGGCCGGGGGCGGCGCGUGCUCGCUCGCUCUUUCGCUCAGCCGGGGCUCCCUCGACGGCGCCACGGGAGGAAAAGAAAAGGGGGCUCCCUGGACAAGCCCCCGGCCAGCCUUCUGCCUCGGCGCUGCUCCUGUGCCUUCAGACGGCUUUCCUAAGGAAUGCCAAGCAAGGCGGAGAAGCCCGCCUCCCUCUCCGGCGCGCCUGAGCCGGAGCGCAAAGCACAGGAGCGCAGCUGGAGGGGGGAAGUUGGCAACACUCUGCUCGCCCCCCAAAUGCGGGGGUGAGGGGGGAGCGGGAGCCCCCGCGAGGGCUGCUGGGAGAUCCGCCCCGCCAUGCAAAGCGAGCCUGGCGCCGGUGGGUGGGGCGCCUGUCGCCAGCUUGCGGGUUCCGCGCUCGUGUGAAGCGUGCCAGGCGCGGCUGGCGGGGCUGGGCGCCGGCCUCUCGGCGGCGGGGCGGCGCGCGCGCCCUCCUCCGCUGCCCGCUGCUCCCCAAAGGGCCUCCCGGGCUCCCCUGUCGCAAACCACUCCGACAAAGACCCCCAGCAGCCGCCCCCUCCCAUCGUCGACCCUCCGGUACCUGCCUCUCCGCCGGCGCCGGGGCGAAGCAGCCCUGGACGAGGAGGAUCCCCGGCUGAAUCAGACACGCCGCCCUCCCCACCGGCCCUCUCUCCAUCCCAGACCCCCUUCUCCCCCCCACUCCGGGAGGAGGGGCCGCCAUGCGCGCCGGUGCCCGGCUGGAGGGAGCGGGAGCCGCUCGGCCGGCGAGCCGAAGGACGGGCCCAAGGUGACCGCUCGCCCGGGCGCGCCCUCCUCCUCGCCGCCGCCGCCGCCGCCGGAGCCCCCAGCCCGGCGCGCCCUCCUUUGUGCCUUGCUCCCCCCGGGGCGCGCGCCCCCCGCCAGCAUCCUUGGGUCCGCGCCCGCGUGCGCGCCCGUCUCCCUGCCUGCCUGCCUUCCUGGAAAGCGCUCCGGGCAGAGGCGGGCGGGCGAGCGCGGGACCGGGACGGAGCGGAGCCCCGGGAUUGGCGGCUGCGGCUGCGGCGGAUGA